GCCCCGCCCGCCGUGACGUCACCCCGCGCUCCGCCAUCCCGCCCGGCCCCCGGAAGCGCCCUGGGCCCGCGGCCCUGCCCCGCCGCUUCCUUCCCGCGCAGCCGGAAGGGGCCGCGCGGCUGCCGCUGGGGCCGGAGCGGGGCCUGAGUGUCCAUAUGAAUGGAUAUCACCUGAAUCUUCCUACAAGAGUUUAAACUGCUUGUAAACUCACCCUAAACAUGAGUGGCUCCAAACCUGAUAUUCUUUGGGCCCCGCACCAUGUUGACCGCUUUGUUGUGUGUGAUUCGGAACUGAGCCUGUACCACAUUGACUCUGCCGUAAGUUCAGAACUCAAGGCAGGGUCCUUGCGGCUCUCAGAAGAAACUACAGCCACGCUGUUGUCCAUAAAUUCAGAUACACCAUAUAUGAAAUGCGUGGCUUGGUAUCCAAAGUAUGAUCCCGAAUGUCUUCUUGCCGUUGGACAGGCCAAUGGUCGAGUGGUACUUACGAGCCUUGGCCAGGAUCACAACUCAAAAUCUAAAGAUUUGAUAGGCAAAGAGUUUGUUCCCAAGCACGCACGGCAAUGCAAUACCCUGGCGUGGAACCCACUGGAUAGUAACUGGCUUGCUGCUGGAUUAGAUAAACAUCGGGCUGACUUUUCAGUGCUCAUCUGGGAUAUCAGUAGCAAAUAUGCUCCAGAGACUGCGGUUGCUACAGAGAAAGUGAGGCUUUCAACAGGCGAUCCAGAAGUGGGACUGGUAGUAACAAAGCCACUCUAUGAAUUAGGGCAGAAUGAUGCUUGCCUCUCUCUUUGUUGGCUGCCACGGGAUCAAAAGCUUCUUUUAGCUGGAAUGCAUCGAAAUCUGGCUAUUUUUGAUCUGAGGAAUACGAGCCAAAAAAUAUUUGUUAACACCAAGGCUGUCCAAGGAGUGACUGUCGAUCCAUAUUUCCACGAUCGUGUAGCUUCCUUCUAUGAAGGUCAGGUUGCCAUAUGGGAUUUAAGGAAGUUUGAAAAGCCUGUUUUGACCUUGACAGAGCAACCAAAGCCUUUAACAAAAGUUGCAUGGUGUCCUACAAGAACUGGGCUGCUAGCUACUUUAACAAGGGACAGUAAUAUCAUUAGGCUGUAUGACAUGCAGCAUACUCCCACGCCUAUUGGGGAUGAAACUGAGCCUACAAUCAUCGAAAGAAGUGUCCAACCGUGUGAAAACUACAUUGCUUCGUUUGCCUGGCAUCCCACAAGUCAAAAUCGAAUGGUUGUGGUGACUCACAACAGGACUAUGUCUGACUUCACAGUGUUUGAAAGAAUUUCUCUUGCAUGGAGUCCCGUGACGUCCUUAAUGUGGGCUUGUGGACGACAUCUAUAUGAAUGUACAGAAGAGGGAAAAGCUAAUUCCUUGGAAAAAGACAUAGCAACCAAAAUGCGGCUCAGAGCAUUGUCAAGGUAUGGUCUUGAUACUGAACAAGUUUGGAGAAAUCACCUCCUAGCUGGAAAUGAAGAUCCCCAGCUGAAAUCACUUUGGUACACUCUGCAUUUUAUGAAGCAGUAUACUGAAGAUAUGGAUCAAAAACUUACAGGAAACAAAGGUCCCUUAGUUUAUGCUGGCAUUAAGUCAAUUGUGAAGUCAUCUUUGGGAACAACAGAGAACCUCAGGCACAGCAGGAGUGGAUCUGAUAGACAGGCAGAUAUUAUUCAGUAUCUGAGUGAGGAGAGAUCCUUGGCUUUGCAGCUCUGUGGGUGGAUAAAGAAGGGAGCAGACUUAGAUGUGGAACCUUUUUUAAAUUCAUUGGAACAGGAAGGAGACUGGGAGCGAGCUGCUGCUGUAGCACUAUUCAAUUUGGACAUACGGCGAGCAAUACAAAUUCUAAAUAAAGGUGCUUCCUCAGGAAAAGGUGAUCUGAACCUUAAUGUAGUAGCAAUGGCUCUAUCAGGCUACACAGAUGAGAAGAACUCACUUUGGAGAGAAAUGUGCAGUACUCUGAGACUGCAGUUGAACAACCCCUACUUGUGUGCUAUGUUUGCUUUUCUGACCAGUGAGUCUGGUUCAUACGAUGGUGUUUUGUAUGAAAAUAAUGUAGCUGUACGAGACAGAGUUGCGUUCGCUUGCAAGUUCCUCAAUGAUGCUCAGCUGAACAGAUUUAUUGAAAAGCUGACAAAUGAAAUGAAAGAUGCUGGGAAUUUGGAGGGAAUACUAUUAACAGGGCUGACAAAAGAUGGAGUGGACUUGAUGGAAAGUUACGUUGACAGAACAGGAGAUGUCCAGACAGCAAGCUAUUGCAUGUUACAGGGUUCUCCAUCAGAUGUACUUAAGGAUGAGAGGGUUCAGUACUGGAUUGAGAACUACAGGAAUCUCUUAGAUGCAUGGAGGUUUUGGCAUAAACGUGCAGAAUUUGAUAUCCACAGGAGUAAGCUGGAUCCUAGUUCAAAGCCUUUAGCCCAGGUGUUUGUGAGUUGCAAUUUCUGUGGAAAAUCCAUCUCGUACAGCUGUUCAGCCAUUCCUCAUCAGGGGCGGGGUUUUAGCCAAUACGGAGUUAGUGGCUCACCAACUAAGUCAAAAGUUACAAGCUGUCCUGGUUGUCGUAAGCCCCUUCCUCGCUGUGCACUUUGCUUGAUAAAUAUGGGAACUCCAGUUUCCAGCUGUCCAGGAGGAUCUAAGUCAGAUGAAAAAGUGGAUCUUAGCAAAGACAAGAAGCUAGCCCAGUUCAACAACUGGUUUACUUGGUGUCACAACUGUAGGCAUGGUGGACACGCUGGGCAUAUGCUUAGCUGGUUCAGGGACCACACUGAGUGCCCCGUGUCUGCCUGUUCAUGUAAGUGUAUGCAGCUGGAUACAACAGGGAAUCUCAUUCCCGCAGAGACUGUACAGGCUUGAAAACAUGGGGCUCUCUAAUGGAUGUCCAUCAUAGUCCAAGCAUAUAUUUUAGACAAAGGUCAUUUGUGACUUACUGUGAAAAAAUAAAUUGCUGUCAGAUUAGUAAAAUAACAUGCGUAUGACUGUGCUUGGUAGAAACUGAUAAUCCUGGAAUGAGCCUUGUUCAGUGAACUUAAAAGUUAAAAAGCACUCCUAGUAGCUUUGUUAAAUUCAAUUAACUUUUAAUGAAGUUUUCAGGGUAAUGCUUAUGGGCCCUUUUAUCAGUUUUCUAAACAAAGCAGUGUUUAUAUACAGUGCUUAGUAAAAUUGAAAAUUCAAAAUAAACAACUGAAAAGUGUUCUCUAGAGGAUGGCAGAAUGACGCUGUGGCAUCCUCUCAUUGAUUGAUGACACUUCCUCGAAUGCAAUCAUUUCCUUGUAAAUUAAUUGUGUGCCAUUGUUAAUCACAUUCUAAAGAUAUUUAAAGAAAAAUCAAUUUCUUUCUUUUCUCAAGAUUUGUUAAUAGUAAGCAAUAUCUUUGCAAUUCAAGAUCUUAUUUAAUGUACCUAUAUUACCUAGCUGAUGCGAAUUUUAAUGCUAAGGAAUUCAGGAGCUUUGUCUCCUAACAAGGUUGAUAUCCUGGAGAAGAGUUUCCUGAAAAUUCAUGUGUAACUUCGAGUGCAGAAUGCAGGUGAGCUACAAGAGGCUUUAUUUUGAACAUAGUACUGUGAAGAUCUGAAAUCUCAAGGACUGGAGGCUUGUAAAUAUUUAAGUUUUAAACUACGUGCUGAGUUUUGACUACAAACAUAUUUGAAUUUUUAAGACUUUGGGAUGAACGGGAUUUUCCUGCACUUCUGAAACAUACUGGGAUGUGCGAAGUGAAGCAAUUUAUAUCCUGCUUCAGGUCACUGCUGGACACCAGUAUGCUCCCAAAAGGCUGCACAAUUUUAGGUCAUUGACUAGAAAUGGUACUAGGUAUGUUAUCAGCUGGAAUUAAGUUAUUUAUUAUCUUGAGAGUCAAUGAUAUCUUGCUAAUACUGUGCAAGGACCUAAUCAGUAUUGUUGUCCUUGAUUUUGUAGGCAACGAAAUUCACAUAAAUUAGGGAAAAAACCUGUUUUAAGGUAUGUGAAAAUAACAUCAGUUUACUUGGUGUGUGUUUAUUUACUAUUAGAAACAGUAUGAGUUACUUAACACUUGCGUGCUAUGAAAUACUAAAUGGAAUGCUAGCAAUAAACUGGUACCAUAUUGCCAGGACUGUGAAAUAUGUUGUUUUAAAACGGAAUAUAUUGUAAUAUACCACUGGUUCUAAGUGCUCUAGUGUAGUUGCAACAGGAUAAAUUGUGGAAAUGUUUUCUGUGGGUGUACAUAAUUACAUUUUGGACUUUCAGUUAUAUUGUCUAAUUCAUGUUGUAAUACAUCUGCUACAUUUAUUCUGAUCUACGAUUCUUGCCUAAUUGACAAAGAUAUUUUUAAAGUUAAAUCUAAGAGGUACUUGAUAUUUGUAGUCAGACUGUCAUGGGAGAGCAGUUAAUGGUUUUUCUGUUAGAAUAUUUAUUUCUCUUUCUGGUAUUUUUGCACACCUUAUGUUGCUCUUGAAGAGCUCUUUAAAAUGUUCUCCAUUAAUAAAUGUAAACUGGGGUUUAAUGUAUGAUACCCUAUUUAUAUAAACACAGGCAAUAAAACUUGCUUUAUGAAAAUGAGGAUUUGUAAGUGUCAAGGAUAUAUUUUUAUUCCUCUGUAAUAAUACCAACUAUUACUAAAUUUUCCAGAUAAAAUUCCAUGUCUGGAAUGUACGUACUUAAUGUCUAAUUUUCUUAUGUAAAAAAAAAAAUGCCAUAUUUGUAACAUUUUUGACUUGACUAUAUUUGUUUCAAUUACCAUCAUUUCAUUAAAUUAGAUGCUUUGACAUUUAGCAUGUCUUUGAAGUGUUCUAGAUUAUGAAAUAUGUACAUACUCGGGUCCACUGUAAAAUAUCAGUUUUGGGUGUUGUAAUGGGUAUUUGGGGUUUCAGGCCAAUAAUUACACUCUUUGCAAAACUUACUCUAUAAGAGGUGUGUUUACUCAUCUUUUUUUUUCCUUGUUUUUGCUUUUAAAUAAUAAAAUCAUGCUUUUGGGGAA